AUGGCAAACUCCUUUUCUUUCAUCUUGUUUGCCAUCUUGGUUUUGAAUUGGGCCUUGUUAGCCAAUUGUAAUUUGACUUUUUCACAACAAACAUUCAACACUCUCCUCAACUCAACCCAAACUUCAACUCUAUCACUGACAAUGUACAUGGGAGGUGGAACAACCAUCAAAAACAGUAACAACAGCACAUGUGGAAUGUCUGUGGAUAAUCCAUGUACAAACUUUAAUCAAUUAUUAUUAACUUUUAAUUGGACACUCUUUAGUCAAUUUGAGAAUUUCACAAAAGCAACAUCGGCAGGUGAAAGAAACGUUCACUUGAAGAUACUGAUACUUCCAGAUGGCAGUAUUUUCUGUCCUAUCAAUCCAGUUAAUUUAUCUCCUUCAAUGAAUUAUCAUUUAGAAUUUACGAAACUAAAAUUGAGAAAACUGAAAAGUAAGGAGAAGGCAGAGAAACAAAUUGAAGAAAAACUUUUAGACAAGCGACUUAUUUUCAAUAUGAAUGACGAGGAGGAUGAAUAUUAUGAGGGCUCCACACCAAAUAUUGAAAGAAGCAAAUCAUCUUAUGGGAAAGUAUCUGAAAAGGAGUUAGUUUCUUCAUUGAUUGACAGUGAAAAGAAGAAAUCAAAACAUUCUUUCAGUUUUUCAUCCUCUUACAUUAUUCCAAUUGAAGACAUAUCAAUUAUUAAAAAGAUUGGAGAAGGAGGCGCAGCUAAUGUAUAUUAUGGUACAUGGACCAAUAUUAAAGUGGCUAUCAAGUCACUCAAGAUUGACAGUUUUGAUGAUGAUUUUGAGAAUGAAGCAGCCAUCCUCAGUUUAAUUAGACAUCCAAACAUUCUGACAUUCUAUGGAGUAUGUUUGACUGAUAAGAGUCGAUAUAUUGUGACUGAAUAUAUGGAAAAUGGCUCUCUAGACAGGUAUAUAUUUUUGAAUAAGAACAGAGCAUUGAAUAUUGACCUAUUCAAAUCAAAUAUUGGAAUUUUGUGUGGAAUUGUGGAUGGUAUGCAAUAUUUACACUCUCUUAAACCUUCAAUUAUUCACAGAGAUUUGAAAUCGAGUAAUAUAUUGUUGGACGAAAGAAAUACUCCAAAAGUUUCUGAUUUUGGUCUUGUUAAAGUAUUGGGAAACAAUACAAUCAGUCAAAUUACAAAAGGAAUUGGUACAGUGUAUUAUUUAGCUCCAGAAACAUUCAUUGCUGAACAUCAAAUUGAAAAUAAGGAAGAGGCAACCAAGUUGGACAUUUACAGUUUUGCAAUAAUCAUGUGGGAAUUAUUCUUUCGAAUGAGUCCUUAUCAUCAUGUGAAAAAUCCAUUCAAAGUGCCUCAAAUGGUUGUCAAUGGAGAAAGACCUCAAAUUCCCUUCAAUAUUGAAAAUGAUACGGAAAUCAAAGAAUGGCUUUCAAUUCAAGCAUUGGAAAUUUCAUCGUCUGACAAUUCUUUCAUUAAUGGUAUUAAGAAAUACUUCUCACUCAUUCUCCAAUGUUGGAAUCAAAAUCCAUUACAAAGACCUACAUUCCUGACAAUUAGAAGAGAAUUGGAUGAGAUUUACAAUCUAAUCGGUUGA